UAAAGAUGUUUGGGGAUAACUUCAUCUUGAACGCAUUGGCUAUGUGUUUCUUAAUAGAAAUCGGCUUCAAACUAAUCUCAAAGUUUGUUAAGAACAAAGCCAUGGCGAUAGUCCUGGUCUCCUCUAUCAGUGCGUCCUUCAUCCUGCUAGUCAAGGAAGAAGGUGUAUUUGAUAAGAAGAAUAAUAUGUUUGAGAUACUUGAAGUAGAUCCUCUAGCUACUUCAGACCAAAUCCAAACUGCACUCAAUGAGUUAAAAGAAAAAGGAGAAUUUAAUGUAACUGAGGAAUUUGAAGCUUUGACUAGGAAAAACUUCCAGAUUCAGUAUAACAGAUUUGGCAGUAUUGAUAUGACCCUGAGUAAUGAAAAUGAAGAUAUCAGAUUUGUAGUAAUGGUUGCUCAGCGUUUGCUACUCAUCUUUAUCCCUCUAGUUCUAAUAGGAGAUGAUAUACCAAACUGAAAAAGGAUAGUAAUGACGUUUACAGUAAUGUUUGUAAUCUAUGAAGCCUCAUUAUUUUCAAAUAUUGAUGAAAGAGAUAUGAUUCUCAGUAUUUUCCCUAGAAGCUAUUGCCUAUUUGAAAUUCUGAGGUACCUACAUGUGGUUUUCAUCUACAUUUUCCUCUGUAUCAUCGGGAUUUUUAUUGUGAAUCAUGAGGUUAAGGAUAAAGGAAUUGAAAAAGAAAAGAAUAGCCUUUUAGAAAAAGCAGCCAAAAAUAUGAAGACUAUCUAUACUCUUAUCAGUGAGAUCAAUGGUGAAGAUAAUGAUGAUCAAAGCGAACAAGUGAAAGAGGACCUCAAGUCUGCAUUAAACGAUGAUUAA